AUGCACCACCAGGUGCUGAUGAAGCGGCCGGCAGCAUGCGACAAGAUGCGCACUGAAGGCCUGACAAGAACCACCAUAGGCGGCAGAAAGAGUAGUAUCAUGUCACGAUUCAAGGGAUUUGAAAACACUCGGGAUUGUUUUUUGCUGGGUUUGUCGUCUAGUAGGACCUGGGGAGUUGAGAGCAGCCGGGCCUCCGUCAGUCGUUCGUUGCCCACUCGGGGCCGAGCAAAUCGGGCUCUCAUAUUGCAGGUUGCGUCGGAGCAGAACCAAGUGGUUCUUCGCCGAUCAGUUGCCCGUUCCACAUCGUACCUACGUGAGGUACUUUGCUUGUGCUGUACUUGGCCUGCUGUGAUGGUCUGGUCUGCGAACUUAGGUAAGGAGGUGCAAAGAGGAGACAUCCAGCGGCCCAGCCACCCCACCCCGCCGGUCGUCUCGGCCUCUGGAAGCUGA